UUUGAAGUUUCUUUUUUUGGUCUUUCGGUCCAUAAUGUCUAUCUAUCUAAAACACCUACGACGUACUCGUCUCCUUGACGACGAUUUGGAUGCGGAUGGUUGGCUCUAUCAUUUGGGCCUGCGCUUGUGUGAAGUCACUAUGCACCUUUCGACCAUCGCCCGUUUUAGGGAGGUUCCUGGGUUGCACGCGCGAAGUGAUUCCCCAGCUCCGCUCUCCACACUUUAAAAUAAUCUACACGCUCCCCUUAACCAUAUCGGAACCAUCGUUGAUUCAAGGACCCACGUUUGUUUUCCAAUACACCUCUAGAGCUGUGCUGCAUUGGGGAAGAACAACGACAAGUAGUGGUGAGAGUCAUUUACGUACUGUUUACGCGCAAGAUACCUCGACACUAUUCGCCCCCAAUCUCUCUACUCUCUGAUAUCAUACACCAGUGAUCUCCCAAGCCCAGCUCUCAACCACACCUC